AUGCCGAACUGGACCAACGCGUCCCACUGUGUGUGCGACAGCGACGCGCCGGACAACGGAACAGAACCGGAUUUGGACUCGGACUUUGAGUACCCGGUCCAUCUGUACCCGGUGCCAGUGUUAACCGGGAUAAGUGUGACCUGCUCGCUGCUCUUCCUGGUUGGGAUGAGCGGAAACCUGCUGACCAUCCUGGUGGUCUUGAAGUACAAGGACAUGCGGACCACCACGAACCUGUACCUGUGCAGCAUGGCGCUGUCCGACCUGCUCAUCUUCCUGUGCAUGCCGCUGGACCUGUACCGGGUGUGGCGCUACCGGCCCUGGAACCUGGGCGAGUAUCUGUGUAAGCUCUUCCAGUUCGUCAGUGAGAGCUGCACCUACUCGGCAGUGCUGAGCAUCACGGCGCUGAGCGUGGAGCGCUACGUGGCCAUCUGCUUCCCGCUCCGGGCCAAAGUUCUGGUGACCCGAGGGCGCGUGAAGGCGCUCAUCAUGCUGCUCUGGCUCGUGGCUCUGUGCAGCGCGGGACCCAUCUUUGCUCUGGUUGGUGUCGAGCACGAAAAUGGCACCAACCCGUACAAGACCAACGAGUGCAAAGCGACCGAGUCGGCGAUCCGGUCCGGGCUGCUCACCGUCAUGGUGUGGAUCUCCAGCGUGUUCUUCUUCCUGCCCGUGCUGUGUCUCACUGUGCUCUACAGCCUCAUCAGCCGCACUCUGUGGAGGAGGAAGAAGAACCCACUGGGACCCGGGUCCAGUCGGGACAAGAACAACACACAGACGGUGAAGAUGCUGGCCAUGAUCGUCUUUACAUUUGUUCUCUGUUGGCUGCCGUUCCACUUGGGCCGCUAUCUGUUCUCCAAGUCAUCUGAAGCCAACUCUCCACUAAUUACUCAAAUCAGUGAGUACUGCAACCUCGUCUCCUUCAUUCUGUUUUAUUUCAAUGCUGCCAUCAACCCCAUUCUCUACAACAUCAUGUCCAAGAAGUACAGGAUCAUGGCCUGCAGGCUGUUCGGAAUGAGGUGCACUCAGGAGCGUUCAAAGUCGACUGUGUUGAAUUCUGAGAACUGCACAGUGUGGAACGAGUCCAGUGGAACCACAUGA